GACCAGCCACCGUCAAUCUUGCUCCCCUCCCCUUCCACCCGAAGCAACCGCGGCGGCCAUCCUCGCCGGCGCCCCGUCCUCCGUGACCCCUCCACCCUUGCGGCGGGCUUCUCCUCCCACCGCCUGCGCUGAUCCCAUCCUCGCCGGCGCCCCGUCCUCCGUGACCCCUCCGCCCUUGCGGCGGGCUUCUCCUCCCACCGCAUGCGCUGAUCACAUCCUCGCCGGCGCCCCGUCCUCCGUGACCCCUCCACCCUUGCGGCGGGCUUCUCCUCCCACCGCCUGCGCUAAUCCCAUCCUCGCCGGCGCCCCGUCCUCCGUGACCCCUCCACCCUUGCGGCGGGCUUCUCCUCCCACCGCCUGCGCUGAUCCCCCACGAGCAGGGGCGCUGUCGUCCUCGGUAUUUCUCUAGCCUAGUAUAAUGAGCUGGAGAUUUCCUCUUUUCGGCAGCAACUCACAGCAGCAGCAACCUGACCCAAAUUUCCAAGACAACCCUGCGCAGCCGCAACCUUGGUAUCCUCCCUCUGUGGUCGGUUCAUCUUCACAUCCAUCUACGCCCAGCUCUUCCAGUGUUAGUCCACAUCAAAGAGCUUCUGAUAACCCCCAGUCUUCAUCGCGUGGUCAACCAUCUCCAGCUGAGGCUGCAGGGAUAAUUGCCCGUUUAAAGGACAAAAGUGUUGAUGAGUUGCAGAGGUUGUUGAAAGACAAAGAGGCAUACAAUGCUUUCUUUAAUUCACUUGAUCAAGUUAAAACCCAGAACAAUUUACGCUAUGAGCUUAGAAAGGAGACAGUGCAACUUGCAAGGGAAAAUUUGGAAAAGGAGCAACGGAUCUUGGAGCUCAGGAAUCAGUGCAGUAUUAUAAGAACUACAGAACUUGCUGCUGCUCAAGAUAGGUUGGCUGAUUUGGAAAGGCAGAAAGAUGAGAUUAUGAGGUCCUAUUCCCCUGCUGCGCUGCUCGACAAGCUUCAAAAGUCGACGGCGAAGUUGGAUGAGGAGUCCGAGGAGCUGCACCAGAAGUUCCUGGAGAAAGACAUUGACCUCCCGACCUUUGUGCAGAAGUACAAGAAGCUCCGUACUGCCUACCACAAACAGGCGUUGCUGCAUCUCGCCGGCAAGACCUCGCUUCGCUGAGAUUCAUCGGCCAUCGUGCAGGACGAACACCCUGUUAUAUCCCAUUUUCUAUGUUAUCUUCUAUUGCGGUGCCUGCCCACUUGGCCGUUUUACGAGUGCUUUUGUGUAAAACAUCAUAAUUGGAUUGCAUAUGUAGAUAUACGACUGUAUGAUGCUUCAUUGAAUUUUACCAACUUUGCCACGUAUAAUUGCUUUUAGAUCGUUAAGAACAUGUAUAUAAAAUUUUUAUUCAUAACUUUUUUUUUCAAAUAUA